AUGGCAAAGGUGAUUCGAUUCUUUGAGCUGAACACCAGAGCCAAGAUUCCGGCUGUCGGUUUGGGGACGUGGCAGGCCGAACCCUGCGUUGCUGGUGAAGCCGUCACCGCUGCCAUCAAGGUCGGGUAUAAGCAUAUUGAUUGUGCUCAAAUUUAUGGAAACGAAAAAGAGGUUUGUUGUGCUCUUAAGAAGCUUUAUGAUGAUGGGUUUGUACAGCGUGAGGAUUUGUGGAUUACUUCAAAACUAUGGUGCAAUAAACAUGCACCAGAAGAUGUGCCAAAGGCUCUUGAUACCACUCUGCAGGACUUGCAAAUCGAACAUCUCGAUCUGUACCUGAAUCACUGGCCAGUCAGCAUGAAUCAGGGCUCAGUUGGGUUCAUGCCUGAAAACCUUUCUCAACCCGACCUACCAAGUACUUGGAAGGCAAUGGAAGCACUAUACGAUUCUGGCAAGGCCAGGGCUACAGGAGUAAGCAAUUUCUCCACCAAAAAGCUCGGAGAUCUACUAUCAGUGGCCACUGGCACGCAUGUUAACCAAGUGGAAUUGCACCCACAAUGGCAACUGCCAAAGCUAAAAGAGUUGUGUAAAUCUAAGGGAGUCCACUUAACGGGGUAUUCACCUUUGGGAUCCCCGUGUACAAGUGGUAUGAAAGGGGAUGUCCUUGAGAAUCCUGUUCUGGCAUUGGUAGCAGAGAAGCUGGGAAAGACUCCUGCACAAGUGGCUCUCCGUUGGGGGCUACAAUCAGGUCACAGUGUGCUGCCUAAGAGCGUAAAGGAGGCGAGGAUCAAGGAGAAUUUUGAUGUUUUCAAUUGGUCUAUAUCCGAGGACUUGAUUUCGAAGUUUUCUGAUCUGAAGCAGGAGAGGCUGCUUAGAGGCACUGGAUUCGUCAAUGAGGCUCAUGGUUUCUACAAAAUUGAGGAGCUUUGGGAUGAAGAGUUGUGA